UGGAGCCAAGGAGGGCGGGAGUUAGGCUGCGCCGACCCCUCAGCCCCCUCCAGGAGCCGUUCGGAGCCCGGGACAUGUCGGGAUUGAGGAGAUACGAGGUGGCGCUGGAGGCGGAGGAGGAAAUCUACUGGGGCUGCUUCUACUUUUUCCCCUGGCUGCGCAUGUGGCGGAGGGAGCGUAGCUCGGCGCACCCCCGGGAGCAGAAGCUGGAGCCUCUGCGAGGCCUGAUGAGCUGUUUAUCAAGCGGCCUGGGCCCUGCCCCCCAGCGCCCAGGUCGCAGCCUCCCCUGCCGCACACCUGCCGCCACUACCCAGCCAGCCGGUGCAUUAAAGAUUUAAACCCGAA